CACACAACACACACUUUUCAGCUGUAAGUGACAAAAACGAUGGAUUCACAUCGAAAUUCGCAAAAUUGUUGGUAUUUUUGACACGCGAAUCGAAAACAAAACGAAACGUUAGUGUGUUUUUAAGUAAAGAAAAUUUUUGUUCGAUUUCUUAAAGAGAUUUGAUUUUCGGUUUGGGGUUUUAUUCAUUGUUUUUGUGUGUCGUUGCGUUUUUGACUACAGAUUGUGUGUGUGGAUUCUUUGUUGUUGUUUUUUUUCACUGUCUCUCUCUUUCUUCAUUUUUUUUUCUUUAUUUCUUCAUUAUAUUGACGACAAUAACAUCUAGGCAAGAGAAAAAAAAAGCAAAAAUAACAAUAAAAGAAAAACGGUGAGAACGAGAAACAAAGCAAAUCUUAUUGAAGGUUGUUCGUCGCGGCUCUGAGCUGCCUGAAAAGUGUCACCCCAUCACAUUUGCAAUUGCAUUUUCAAACUGUAUAUCGUGUGUAUAUGAUUUUACAAUUCGAAAAUUGUGCAUGGAAAAAUGGGGAAAGACCAAGAACUUUUAGAAGCAGCUCGAAAUGGGAACAUAACAUUAAUCGAAAAAAUCCUCAACCAAAGAGGUAAAAGGAGUGGUCCAUUGGCUAGUCUGAGACGAGGGCCUGGCGCCAAUAUACAAGAUAGCGCCGGAUAUUCAGCGUUACACUAUUCAGCACUAAAUGGUCACGCUGAAUGCGUUCGUUUACUAUUAAUGCAUGAAGCCUCUGCCAAUUUGCCAGAUAGUCGCGGUUCGUCACCACUGCAUCUUGCGGCAUGGGCUGGACAUCAAGACAUUGUGAAACUAUUGCUCACCCAAGCAAAUCGACCAGCCAAUCCGAAUUUACAAACCAUCGAUAAUGAGACACCAUUGCAUUGCGCUGCACAACAUGGGCACACAGGAGCGUUGACAACUUUAUUAGCACAUGGUGCUAAUCCAAAUAUGAUGAAUUGUCGUGGUGAAAAACCAUUAGACCUGGCAGCACAAUAUGGACGAUUACAAGUUGUUCAAAUGCUUGUUCGUGCCCAUCCCGAACUAAUUCAUCCAUAUAAAAAACAUUAUGAUAAGAAACGUAGCAUAUAUACACAUACACCAUUACAUUUGGCCAGUCGAAAUGGUCAUAAGCAUGUUGUUGAAGUACUUCUGGCGGCCGGUGUCGAUGUAAACAUCUUAACUGGAGCUGGGACUGCACUACAUGAAAGCGCAUUGCAUGGCAAAGACUCGGUUGUGAAAACUCUACUCGAAUUUGGAGCUGACUUAGAUGUGACUGAUAGUGAAGGUAGAACGGCACUUGACCUAUUGAAACAAUUUCCACCACAUGUUACUCGUGGAAUUGUGGCGGUCAUUAACAAUUACCAAAAUUCACUUGCAUUGAGUAGUAGUGAACAAGAAGAUAUUUUGAAAGUGUCUCGAAAUAUACCGUCACGUGAAAGCUACUAUGAUGACCAGUCAUACCAUUCAAGAGGCACUCGAGAAAGUCACGCAUGGAGUUCGUACAGUAAUGAUGCGAGUAGUAUGCUAGAGAGUCCUUCAUCGUCAGUGGGAAGUUUGGAUCCGGCUUCGCCCCGAAUACGUGCCGGUGGCGAUAAUAAUGGUGGUUUUUAUGUGACAAUGACACCAUUAAAUAGUAACUCAAAAGUAUCGCCGACGCCGCCAAAAAAACCGCCUCGACGAAAUUUAUCGAUUUCGCCGAGCACAUCGAAAUCGCUGGUGUCAGCGCGAAGUAAUAUGAGCGGUAGUAGUAGUCAAACGUCUCCAUAUGAGUAUCUAUAUUUGGCACAAAGCGGUGACAAAAAAUCGUCGAUAAAUAAAGCAGCCAGUGUGGAUCAAUGCCAAAAUUAUGUGAAAAUGAUGAGUCCAGCAGCAAAAGAGAAACACGAAGCCGUACUUAAGCAAAUGAGCGAGCAUUUAAUAAAAACGGGUGGUAAUUUAGAGGAUGGAGAACCAAUAACAGCUGCACCACUUCGUUCGUACAAUCCAAAUCGAAAAUUACGACGCAUCCGUGAUAACUACGAUUAUAGUCAAAAUGGGUCACGUAACAGUUAUGGCAACAGCAACGACACACCAAUGUCACCGUCUAACUAUAGACAACCUCCGACACCUGAUCAUCCACCACCAAAUCCACAAACCGCUGAAAAAGUCAUUUUCGACCGCAUCCGACCAUUAAGUCAGGAGUAUCGGAGAUCGAUGGCUAUGCUUGAGUAUAUCCGUAACUCACAAAAUGGUACGGCUACAUUUGGUGGUUAUGAGAAUCGACACAGAGUGAAUAGUGAAAAGCGUGAGAAACGUCAAAGUGCACCGCAGCCCUCGAAGCAAUCGAUCAAUCAUCAUCAACAACAACAAAAACAACAUCACCAUCGUCAUUCGUAUCAGGAGAAUAUAGUACCACCGCCACCAAUUCAAUAUUCAAAUCGAUCACGCCAUCGAAUUUCAAAUAAUCGAGAUAGUAGUUUAUCACCAUGCUCAUCUGAUGUCAUAGUAUCACAUUCAUUAAAUGCAUCUAGUGGAUCGCUUAGUUCCGUAUCAUCCGAUCGCUCCGCAUCGACCGAUUGUGUUGAAUAUGUUACCGAUGUUCCAUUUGCUGGUUUGUUCAAAGGUUCCACAAUGACUUUAGAUAAUCCGAAUUUGAUUACUUAUGGCACGAGUAAUUCGGAUUACAAGUAUUAUCAAUCGAUGGCCUCCGAGAAACCACAUCAACAACAACAGCAGCAACAACACAUUAGAUCCUAUCAAAAUAAUUUAGCAAAACAUCAACAAGUAUCCGAUGUGCAAUUACAAAAGGAAAAAUUGUUACAAUCUCAAAAUUUGCCAAAGUCAACAUCACAAUACCAUCAUCGGCCUGAACGGCCAAAAACACUCGACACACAGGCAUCAUUGCAUGCGUUCAACAAUUCGACAACAUUAUCACAAUCGCCAAUAAACAGUAAUCAGGUGAAAACGCCCGUAUCUGAAGACGAAUUACGUACGGAGAAUGUACGAAGUUCAGUGAAUUCCCGAUUAUCCGUGCCAAAUGCGACCGUUCUACUGCAAAAACUCAGCAGUGGAAGUAGUGAUAAGAGUAUUCAUUUUGAUGAGCAAGAAGAAUGGAAAAAAAUUACCGAAAUAAUGGCAAAUUUUGGAUCCGAUUUAAUGAAUGAAUCAAAUACAAACAAUGCUAACCGGCGACGUGAUUAUCAAAAUCGUGCGGAAAAUGGUCGCAGUAAUAGUAUAGCCGGUUUUACACUCAGCGAAAUCGAUCGACAUCGUAAGGCGAUGAAAAGUUCCGAAUCAAUGAACAGCAAUGUACAAAGACGAUCUGGAUCACAAUCGCCACAUAGUCAACUUAUGAAUUUCCUUUACGAUAAUGAUUUGGAUGAAUUGAGCAACAUACUGUACGAUAAUGGAUAUGAUGAUAUUGAUUUUAUCAAAGGCAUUCUGGACGAAAGUGAUCUUGAAACGUUGGACGUUAAACCAGAGUUAAGAAAAAAACUGAUCACAGCUAUUGAGAACGAUCUGCAGAAACCGGCUAGAGCCAUAACCUCAUUCAAUAAAUUAUUAGACGAACCGAAAACCAAUGCAUACCAUUCAAUGGAGACAAAUCAUGACAAACAAUCAAAUUCCAUUUGCAAUGAUAUUGGCAGUACAUUUAACCACAACAACAACAACAGCUACAGUACAAUUCCAAAACAAAAAGGUUUAAACAGUGAUGAAACAAAUGGUACGUUAAGCGUAAACGAUUGGCUUGCAAGCAUUCGACUCUCAUAUUAUGCAGAAAUUUUUAGAAAACAUUUGUACACCGAUAUGGAACGCAUAAGUCGCAUUUGGGAAAUUGAACUACAAGCAGUGCUUGAAAUCAAUAAGAUUGGACACCGAAAACGAAUAUUAUAUUCCGUUGGUGCUACGCCACCCAAAAACAUUGCGAAAUCAUUUGAAAAGCUUGCCAAGUCAACGAACGAUAUCGCCAAUAAAAGCAGCUCAUCGCAGAGAUCAUCGCUAUCGAUAUCGUCACACGAUAGCAAAGAGGGUGUCGUUGAAAAUCGACCAAACCACCGAAAAAAUCGACAAGCACCUAAACCACCAACUCAACAACCAAAGAACAUUGAUGAAAACGAAUUGAAUAAUCUGAUUGAUUCAACGUCGAAUCUGGAAAUUCGAGCACCAUCCGAAUUGCUAUUGAGUUUUCCAACUGGCUUGCGUACGCAAUGGCGUCAUUCAGCCGAAGUGCUCGUUACUGGCGCUGUGAAGUAUGAAGUGAAUUAUCUCGGUUCGACGGUGAUAAAAGAGCUGCGUGGCACAGAAUCGACAAAGAAAUCGAUUCAAAAACUGAAAAAAAGUGAAAAAAUUGGAAGCAUAAAUGCAAUUUGCAAUAAUUCUGCAUUUCCAAGUAACACACAUCACAAUACCAAACGAGCGGUUUUCAUUCAUAUUUCAUAUCGUGGCGUUCAAUUUGUCGAUCCACAAACUAAAGGCACUAUUUGCGAGCAUGAAAUACGGAAUAUAAACUGUGCAUGUCAGGAUGCCGAUGAUCUCUCCCACUUUGCGUAUAUCACAAAAGAUUCAGACAAUAAUACACACUAUUGUCAUGUAUUUAAUGUCGUUAGCAUGGAUUUAGCAACCGAAAUAAUUUUAACGUUGGGCCAAGCGUUUGAAGUGGCCUAUCAAAUAGCGUUAAGAAAAUCAACGCCAACAACACCGAUUCGAUGUCCGGUAAACAGCAGCAAUUCUCAAGUCAAACAAUAAACACGAGAUUGCAAUCACAUUUCUUUUUAAUUUAAAACGCUACCGAGAAACUAUUUCCUAGACUUUUUUUGAUUAAAAAAAAACACAGUAUCGUAAAACUAAUUGAAAAAGUCAUAGACUAUAACCAAUCAAGAGAGUAAAUAAUAAUUGUUUUCUUGUCUUUAUUUGUGCUUAAAUUGUUUCGUUUAUUUGUGAUGAAAAGCACGAAAAGAGAAAGAGAGAGAGAGGGAGCGAGCAAGAGAACAUGGAAAAAGCGUUGAAUGAAAUGUAUGGAUGGUGAUUCAAAACGAUGGAAACGAACCAAAACCAUUAAAUUAAAAGAAAAUUACGUAUAAACAGGGCAUUUUUAACCAGAGAGUGUUUUAAUUUUGAAGUGGAAGAAAACGGCAUAUUCUCAACCAAGCGAUAGUUCGUUUACAUAGUUUCGAUCGUGUCCAUAUAACAAUAUUUCAAUUUCGAAACAUUUCGACCAAUCAACCUAUUUAAAUCGUAGUACGAAACAAAGAAUUGAAAACAAAAAACCAUUGAUGGAAACACAUUCAUAGCUUUAUUACAAAGGAUAGUUGAAAGAUGAAUAGAGUGAGUAAAAGAUUAGAGGAAUGCAUUUUUUUUCUCUCGAUAAUUUAUUAGAGUCAAUAUCAGCAUUCAAAUGGUGCAUAUAAUUGGAUCUGUUUUUAGUGCUUAUUGUAUACUGUAAUUUUAAAAUUGAAUGAGCAUAUCAAAUUGUCUGAAUGUUAUUGUCUAUUUGCUGCUCAAGCAUUAAACAAUUUCAUUCGGUUGCGAUAGUGAUUUGUUAGAUAAAAAAAAGCGUUGUGAGGUGAUGAAUGAUCACGUAAUAUUUUUUGUUCUUCAACAGAAAAAUAAAACAAACAAAAACACUCAAAUUGACCUUUAUCUAGUGAAAUAAAAAUCUAAGUUGUACGAUAGAGAGCGAAAAAAAAUGAUUUUAUUUUUUUUCGAAUAAAUAAAAUGUAAUUGAAUUAUGGUUGGCGUAUAGCGCUGAUUAAGGGCGAUAAACUUGUAAACAAACAUGAAAUCAAAAUAAUCGUCAAUUCUUUCUAACUUACUCUUUUUAUUAUCGUCGAUUCGAUGUAUAACAAAGUUUUGUCGCUGAGAAAGAGUAAGCGAGAAAGGUGUUCACCUGUAAUGGAUUGCAUAUUAUAACUACUUUUAUUUUAUUAUUAUUAGAUGAUCGUUUUUCUUUUGUUUUUAUUCUUUAAAUUGUUAAAUGAAAUUCGUUGUUAUUAGAUUUUAGUCAAAUCAAAAAAACAAAACAAAAAAUCAUACGAAAGAUACGCAUAAUGAACGGAUUAUAAGUUAUAUGUGUUCUCUUUUAUUCGGCUAUCUCGUUGUGGCCAAGCCAAGCCAACACGAUGUAAAUAAAUAAUUCCAAGUAGUUUUUUUUCUGUUUUAGUUUUCCAUCAAUUUUUAUUUUCUAGUUCGAGCCUCAUGAGUUUCACGCUCAUUUGUAUCGACGCAUCACCGUUAUAUAGAGAGCAAGACGUUUUUAAAUCAAAAUUUAUCGAAUAUUAUUUUUUCGAAGAAAUACAUCCAAAUUGCUUUGGUUUCCGGCGAGCAAAUUGCCAAAAUUAUCAAAUAUACAAAGAUAUGAGGGUUUCCUAUUCAUUGAACAUCAGACUCAAAAUAUCGUUUUGCUUAUCGCGUCGCGCAUUUUUAUAUAUUUUAACUGCAACAAAAACAAGAAUUUCAGACAACCCACAAGAAAUAUGAUAGAUUUUAGAUAACAAAAAAUUCAAUCGAAAACAUAUACACUAACAAAUAAAAAAAAACUACAAUAUAUAUAUAUAUUCAUUCAAAUUAUAUCGCCGUGCACUCACCAAAUAACAUUAUAUAUUGUUCAGAUAUUUAAUAUGUUGUAGAUAAACCAAUCGAAACAUACAAAAACAAAUGAAAUGAAUUAAAAAAUAAAUGAAAUAAUAACAUAAAAUGUUUUACAAAUGGAAAUGUGAACAAUUUACAUGGAUAGGCGAUCAUACGAAAAGCAAGAUUCUAUUAUUAUUAUUAUUAAAUGACUAUUUAAAUGAUGAAAAAAAGAAGAAAAAAAUAAUUAAAAAGUCUCUAUUUAGUCAUUAAGAGAAAAUGAUGAUGAUGAUGGUGGUGAUGAUAAUGAUAAAUCAAUGGAAACACAUCUAUGUAUUCAAUCAUGAAAGAAAGAAAACACAUAAAACAAUAUAUACGAUACCGAAAUGAAAAAGGAGCCGAAAUAGCGAGAGAGAAAGAGAGAAAGUAAUAUCUAUUUGAAUGUUAUUAGCAUGAGUAUUUAUUGAAUCAAGAGAAUAUUAAAAAAAACACAUAGGAAUCACGAAUCGUCAACGGCAUAUGUUACCCCCGAACUAAACAUGGAAUCUCCCAAACAAGAACGAUAAACGUAAUUUUUGUAAUUUUUAUCGAGUUUCUUUUUAAAUAAUAUUUUGCAUCACUUUUGUUUAAGUCGAAUUUUCAAAAAGAAAAACGUAGCACACAAUUUUAAGCGUCAACAUCAUCAUCAUUAUCGAAAUCAUUCCAAUUUUUAUGGCAAAUUUUAAUAUAAAAAACCACAUAAAGUCCAUAACAACCAAAGGUUGAAAACUGUUGGUGUUUUUUUUUUUAAAUGAAAAUCACUCACUUCCAGAAAAAGAAAACAAUUGAAGACAAAUCUUCCAAAAUACACAAAAAAGGGAAUAUAUUUAACCUGAAAAGCAAAAAAAAAAAGUUGAAGAAGAUUUGUAUCGAUACGAUCUCAUACGCAAAAAUGAUAACGUGUUUCGGUUUAGUGUUCAGCGUUUUCAACGCGCAUAUUCUUUAAAUUACAUAAACCAAGAAAAAUUUCAUCAAACUCGGAAUAUUCAUCAUACCAUCAAAUGUCGUCAUUUGUAAUACAAUCACAUAUUUUUAUUCAAUUUUUUAAAAAAUGUGUUUAUUCAAGAGAAAAGGCUGAUUCAAUGACAAUCUCUAUGAAAAAAAAACGAACGAUUAAACUCUGGAUAUAUUUGAAUGCUUUAUCGGGAGACGCUCGAAUAGACUCUUGAUCAAACUGCUGAAUACGACAGAUUGGAUAAAUAUUUUUCUCGAUUCAAAACACCGAAAAAAAUGGUUCUCAAAUCGUUUCAUUUUUACACGAAAGAAUUUAUUGUUGACUCAGUUUUUUGAUUUUUAUUCUUAUUGACUGCUGAAAUUUUAGCACAAACUUGAAAAUUACAAUUGUUUUUACGAAUUGAAAAAAAAAUCGACCCGGUUUCUAAAGACGACCGAAAAGCAACUAUUUCCAAUGGAUGUGCUGAUUUUUUUUCAUUGCAGUCCAAAGUACAUCGUUAUUCAAUCAAUAACGUUUUCAAUGAAUUUAUGAUAUAAUGUCAUUUGACUGAAAAUGCGCCAAAUUCUACAAAAUACGAUAGAAAAUGAUUUUAAUGAACACUUUUCCAAAUGAAUUCGGUAACCAAAAAUCUAAAGCAAUUUAAUAGGAUGACAUCCAAAAAAAGAAAUGUUCAAGGGUUUUUUUUCGUUUCAAAUUUGUAAGACAAAAUCUAGGGGUAAAUACCAGCCAAAAAAUGUGUCUAUACUUAUCAUUCAGACAAACAUACCACCAAGUAUCGAUACGAAGAUGAGAUUAUGUGAUCCAUAUAGUUUUGGAAAUUAUCAUUUUUACCGUUCACCGAAUUAAAAAAAAACGAAUAACUUCUAUAAAUGUUUAAAUAAUUUGUAGCUGGUGAUAAGAGUAUAUGGAAUCAAAUUGUCAUAUUUGCCAACAUUUGUGAAGCAAUUAUGCAUAUACAGCAAUAUUUGUCGGCGAAUUUGUCACGCAAUACCCCUAGAACGAAAUACUGUACAUUCGAUUUUGGUUAAACAAUUUAGUAUUGUUAGAUUAAAAUCAUUCAAUCAAAAUUACAUACGUACCUCCUUUUACCUGGAAAAGAAAAUGUAUAACAUUUUUAUUUGGCAUUUGUUGUUAAAAAAAACCUCCUGAAACAAACUUCAUUGUAUCGCUUUUGACGAAAUAAAUGUCAUUUCAAAACUUAUAAA